GUGUCGUUGCUGCAUGCAUGCGUAUUACAUAAAUAAUCCCUCCUUCAGCCCUAACCUUCUGUAAGGGGUUGGUGUAGUGUAUGGAAGUGUUAGAGUCAGGAAGACGUAGGUUCAAAUCCUUUUUUUUUUUAAAGGAGUAGCUGGGCAAGUUAAAUGACAUCGUUCUGUUUUCGUGUCCUCAUCUAUAAAAUGGGGAUAAUAUUUAUGUACUUAACCUUCCUGAGUUGUGGUGAGGAUCAAAUGAAUUAACAUAGGAGGAAGACUAGAGCACAGGAAGGUGAAGUCAUUUUUCUCAGAGCCUUGCAGCAAGUUAGAGUCAAAGAAUGUCAUUCCACUCUGGACGAGGCAAUUCCCGAGGACGAGGAGGAUCUGGUGGAAGAGCUUCGACUCAAACCUUCCGGCCUCAGAAUUUGAGACAGCUUCAUCCUCAGCAGCCUACUGGGCAAUACCAGUAUGAACAACCAGUUGCUCCCCCAGCCACUUUCACAGGUCCUCCAACUACAAGCUACUUGCCACCCAGGCCAGAUUUUGUGCCCUACCCCCCACCUGUGCCUCCAACAGCACAGACUCCUGUUACCCAGUGUCCUCUCAGGCCACCUCUCCCCAACCAUCAAGUAAGGCCAACUUUUCCAGUACCACCUUGCUUUCCUCCUGUUCCUCCUCCUGUACCUACUCCUACUAACACUUCAGUACCUGGAACACCUGCUACACAAACUACCUUUCCCUAUAUGAUGCCACCUCCUUCCCUGCCACCACCACCCCCAGUCAUACCACCACAACUUAAUUACCCAUCAGUUUAUCCCACAACCUAUUCACAGCAGUCUUUCCCGCCUCCUAAUUUUAGUUACCAGAAUAACUCUAGUUCUUUUCAGACCAGCAGUAACAAUAACAGCAGUAGCCAUUUUAGGCACCCAACUCAGUAUCAGGUAGAGAAGCCUUCGAGUGAAAGGAGGUCCCCAGAAAGGAGUAAGCACUAUGAUGACCACCGGCAUCGAGAACAUAGUCAUGGACAUGGCGACCGACACCGGUCAGAUAGUCACGGAGACCGGCGGGACAGAACCCGAAGUCCAGACAGGAGGAGACAAGAAAGUAGCCGACAUAGAUCGGAUUACGACAGAGGGAGGACUCCACCUCGUCACCGAAGUUAUGAGCAUAGCAGAGAGCGAGAACGGGACAGGGACAGGGACAGACACAGGCACCGGGAAAGCCGAAGAUCCCCAUCUCCAGACAGAUCCUACAAAAAAGAGUACAAGCGAACCAGCAGCCGAUCUCCAAGUAGAGAGAAGAAGAGAACUCGAUGGGAAGAUGACAGAGAUCGAUGGGUUGACAAUCAGAAUUCUGGCAAAGAAAAGAGCUAUACCUCAAUUAAGGACAAAGAGCCAGAGGAGAUCAUGCCUGACAAAAAUGAAGAAGAAGAAGAGGAUCUGCUUAAACCAGUCUGGAUUCGUUGUACUCAUUCAGAAAGUUACUAUUCUAAUGACCCCAUGGAUCAAGUGGGAGAUUCUACAGUUGUUGGGACAAGUAGGCUCCGAGACUUGUAUGAAAAGUUUGAAGAAGAAUUAGGGAAGAGGCAAGCAAAAGCCAAAGCUGUGAGACCCCCAUGGGAGCCACCCAAGACCAAACUAGAUGAGGAUUUAGAUAGCUCCAGCGAAUCUGACUGUGACUCUGAUGAUGAUAGCAGCUGUUCCAGCAGCUCAGACUCUGAUGUUUUUGAUGUAAUUGCUGAAAUCAAACGCAAAAAAGCCCACCCUGAUCGACUUCAUGAAGAACUCUGGUAUAAUGACCCAGGACAGAUGAAUGAUGGCCCUCUCUGUAAAUGCAGUGCAAAAGCGAGGCGCACAGGAAUCCGGCACAGCAUCUAUCCUGGUGAAGAGCCCAUCAAACCCUGUCGUCCUAUGACCAACAAUGCUGGCAGACUCUACCACUAUCGAAUUACAGUUUCACCUCCUACAAACUUUUUAACUGAUAGACCAACUGUUAUAGAAUAUGAUGAUCACGAAUAUAUUUUUGAAGGAUUUUCUAUGUUUGCACAUGCUCCUCUGACCAAUAUUCCUCUGUGUAAAGUAAUUAGAUUUAACAUAGACUACACAAUUCAUUUCAUUGAAGAGAUGAUGCCUGAGAAUUUUUGUGUGAAAGGCCUUGAGCUCUUUUCCUUGUACUUAUUCAGAGACAUUUUGGAACUCUAUGAUUGGAAUCUUACAGGCCCUUCAUUUGAAAAUAAUAGUUCAUGCUGUCCAAGAUUUCAUUUCAUGCCACGUUUUGUAAGAUUUCUUCCAGAUGGAGGAAAGGAAGUGCUAUCAAUGCAUCAGAUUCUGCUCUACUUGUUGAGAUGUAACAAAGCUUUGGUGCCUGAAGAGGAGAUUGCUAACAUGCUCCAGUGGGAAGAACUUGAGUGGCAGAAAUAUGCAGAGGAAUGCAAAGGGAUGAUUGUUAACAAUCCUGGCAUGAAACCUAGUUCAGUACGCAUUGAUCAACUGGAUCGGGAACAAUUCAACCCUGAUGUGAUUACUUUUCCAAUUAUUGUCCACUUUGGGAUACGCCCUGCCCAGUUGAGUUAUGCAGGAGACCCUCAGUAUCAGAAGCUAUGGAAAAGCUAUGUGAAGCUCCGUCACCUGUUGGCAAACAGCCCCAAGGUCAAACAAGCUGACAAGCAAAAGCUGGCACAGAGAGAGGAAGCUCUGCAGAAAAUUCGACAGAAGAAUACAAUGAGGAGAGAGGUGACAGUGGAACUGAGCAGCCAAGGAUUCUGGAAAACUGGCAUCCGUUCUGAUGUUUGCCAGCAUGCAAUGAUGCUUCCUGUUUUGACCCAUCAUAUCCGUUACCACCAGUGCUUGAUGCAUCUGGACAAGUUGAUUGGCUAUACUUUCCAAGAUCGUUGUCUGCUACAGCUAGCAAUGACUCAUCCCAGUCAUCACCUAAACUUUGGAAUGAAUCCUGAUCAUGCUCGUAACUCUUUAUCCAACUGUGGCAUACGUCAACCCAAAUAUGGAGACAGAAAAGUCCAUCACAUGCACAUGAGGAAAAAAGGAAUUAACACCUUAAUAAAUAUCAUGUCACGCCUUGGUCAAGAUGACCCUACUCCUUCCAGCCACAGACUGAACCCGAACUCCAGCAAGCCGUCUCACAAAUGUGUGCCCUUGAGUGCAAGGAAGAUCAGGAUUAACCACAAUGAACGUUUGGAAUUCCUGGGGGAUGCUGUUGUUGAAUUUCUAACUAGUGUCCAUCUCUACUACCUGUUUCCUAGCCUAGAGGAAGGAGGAUUAGCAACCUAUCGCACCGCUAUUGUUCAGAACCAACAUCUUGCUAUGUUAGCAAAGAAACUUGAACUGGACCGAUUCAUGCUUUAUGCUCACGGACCUGACCUCUGUAGAGAAUCAGAUCUUCGCCAUGCCAUGGCAAAUUGUUUUGAGGCCUUAAUAGGAGCUGUUUAUUUGGAGGGAAGCCUUGAAGAAGCUAAACAGUUAUUUGGGCGCUUGCUUUUUAAUGACAAGGACCUCCGGGAAGUGUGGCUUAAUUAUCCACUACACCCACUCCAACUACAAGAGCCGAAUACUGAUCGACAACUUAUUGAAACCUCUCCAGUACUACAGAAGCUUACAGAGUUCGAGGAAGCUAUUGGAGUAAUUUUUACUCAUGUUCGACUUCUGGCAAGAGCAUUUACAUUGAGAACUGUGGGAUUUAAUCAUCUGACUCUAGGCCAUAAUCAGAGAAUGGAAUUUCUGGGUGACUCCAUAAUGCAGUUGGUAGCUACAGAGUACUUAUUCAUUCAUUUUCCUGAUCAUCAUGAAGGUCACUUAACGCUGUUACGCAGCUCCUUGGUGAAUAACAGAACACAAGCAAAAGUAGCAGAAGAGCUGGGCAUGCAGGAAUAUGCCAUCACCAAUGACAAGACCAAGAGACCUGUUGCUCUACGCACUAAGACCUUGGCUGAUCUUUUGGAAUCAUUUAUUGCUGCACUAUACAUUGAUAAGGAUUUGGAAUACGUUCACACUUUCAUGAAUGUAUGCUUCUUUCCAAGGCUAAAGGAGUUCAUUUUGAAUCAGGAUUGGAAUGAUCCUAAAUCUCAACUUCAGCAGUGCUGCCUGACCCUUAGAACAGAGGGAAAAGAGCCCGACAUUCCUCUCUAUAAGACUCUUCAGACAGUGGGGCCAUCUCAUGCAAGAACUUAUACUGUGGCUGUGUAUUUCAAAGGGGAAAGAAUAGGCUGUGGUAAAGGCCCAAGUAUUCAGCAAGCAGAAAUGGGAGCUGCAAUGGAUGCCCUUGAAAAAUAUAACUUUCCCCAGAUGGCCCAUCAGAAGCGGUUCAUUGAACGGAAAUACAGACAAGAGUUGAAAGAAAUGAGGUGGGAAAGAGAGCAUCAGGAGAAAGAGCCAGAUGAGACUGACGAAGUGGUAACACCAUACAUACAAGUGAAACGUGAAGAAUUAAGUCCGUGAACCAAAUUUUGGUCUACAGUAUGCCAGACAGCUAUACUUUGGAAAACAUCUGAUGGACAUGGAAGCCAGUUCUCUCUAAGCAGUUUGUCUUCUGUAGAAAGGAGACUCUAAUAAUAAGCUUAAAAGGGAGGGGGGAAAAAGACAUCUGUAUAUUCCAGUGUCAUUGGAGUGGACAUAUAUUCUUUGAGAGUUUAGUAGGGAAAAAAGGUAGUAAAAACUGAGUUAAAUAGUUUAAAAGUGAUUUUGAAAAUAGUGUUUUUAAGUUAACUUUAUUGGUGUCUAAUAAAGGUUAAAAAAGUAUUUUAAGGCUCCCCUAAAAAGAAAAGAUAUUAUUCCUGGUCCCUGUUUCCAGAGUAAAGAUCCCCAUUUUUCUUUAUUUGUUACUUUCAAAAAUGCAAAAUUAUAACCCUUUAGAAAAUACAACAAGCUAUUUUUAAAACUUGGCCCUUAAUUCUGCCUAUUUGUCUUUAUAUUUUUCAUAUUACAAAAUCUUUGGAGAAAACACACAGCAAAGUGCCUUCUAUGUUGUGGGAGGGGGUAGAAGUGGCUUAUUUUUUUAUGACAGUAUUGAAUAGAGUUCACUAUAGAAUAUUUGAACUGGAAAGGACCUUAGAAAUCAGAUAGUCCAAUCUCUUUAUUAGACAGGUGAUGAAACAGGCCCAGAGAAGUGAGUGCUGUGUGAUCACCCUCCAACACCAAGAUAAGACAACAGACCUGUACUCAGUUCUUUGUAUCACACCAAAAAUUGAAUACAAGUACAGAAAUUGGAAUUAUCCUAUCCCAACCUUUGUGAUGUUGGAGCAUCAGAGAGUCAUAAGUUUACUUAAUACUACCAGACUCUUAAAGUAUGCUUCUUUCCACCUUAACAAAUUGUGUAUAUGUCUAAGUUAUUGUCUACUUAAGUUCUAAUGUAAUGCCUCCUCCUUGACUAGAGGUGGUCCUGAGUUUUAAUGGUUAUGCCAUCAGAGCACAGCCUCGGGCAGGUUCUACCAAGUUGUAAAGGCUUCAGUUAUGAGCUGAAAGCAGGCUGUUGAUCUGUUGCCUGAGGACCAGCCUAGUCAAGUUCAAGGAGGCUUAUUGCCUGAAGGUUGAUCUCCAGGUAAUGGAUAUAUUUUUUUUUUGCCUGGUAGCAACUUAUGGGACCAUCCAUUAUGUUACAGGAGAGUUUUGAAAUUUGUCAGUGGAUGGAGCACUUACACUGAUAAAAUCACCCAUUCUAUAUUAUAUUGGCAGGUAUUAGUAAGGGCUGCAGUGAAUGUCAGGAAUAUUUUGCCAGACACCUAGGGAACAGAGUAUAUGUGGAGCUGCAGAAGCUUUCACUGAGUCCCUAUGUAUCAUUGUGUCUUGAAAAUAAAACCAGCCUGCUAUGUGUCAAGGAAUAAUUCUUAGUUCUGUGUAGAACCAUGUUUUCUCUAGUCCUUGUCAUUUUUCUUCCUUGUACUAUUUGUGACUUUUUUCAGCUUCUGUCUCUAUAUUGUAUGCUGCUGAGAUUUGGAGAAGUGUAAAAGUUUCAUAUCAGAAUCUUCAUGUGAAAAAAAUGUAACAUGAGAUGUUCCUGAUAAAUGUCUGAUGUCCAGGAAGUGAAAGGAAUUGGUGCACAUAAGUAAAGCUUGAAAGCCAUUCCCCAAUAGCUGUGUGCUCAAAAGAAUAAAGAUUAACUACCAGCAACCAUUUCAAAGAAUGCUUCAAAUUAUUUUUAAUGAGGAACUGUAAAUUAAAAUAUUUCUGAAACUUCGUACCUCACCACUUGAUAAAGAUGAAAAUAGUGAUGCUGAGGAUAUUAUGUGGAGGAAAAAGCACUCUGAAGUAAUGGUAGUAUAACUGUGAAUUGGUCCAACCAGCCAUUCUGGGAAAGUUUGAAAUCGUGAUAGAAGAGUCACUGUACUCUGUAUAAUUUUUGACCCAGUAAUCACUACUUUGCAUAUAGACCAAGUUGGUUAAAGACAAAAAGGAAUGAUCCCAGAUGCACAAAUAAUAGUAUAGCUGCAGUUUUUCUGAUAGCAAAAAUACUCCAAUCUGGGUGCCCACAAAUUGGGGAAUGGCUGAACAAAUUUUGUUAUAUUAAUGUAAUGAAAUAACUAGAGUGCCAUAAGAAAUUGCAAGUAUGAAAAAUUCAGACAAACUUGGAAUGACUUUCACGAAUUGAUGCAGAAGGAAAAGAAGACAAUGCUUAAUGACUGUACCCCAGCAGACACUGGAAGUCUGAUCAGUGCAAUGCAGAGUUCUGCCUGUGAAACACACCUCUCUCCAGGGAUGUUAUAGACCCUAUAUACGAAAUGAGACCUGUGUUGUAAAAUAUGGCUGAUGUGUCGUUUUGUUUUGCUUAACUAUGCUUAUUUGUUAGAAUGGAGGGGUAAAUUGGGGUGGGGGAAGGGAUUAUUGAGAAGUGACAGCAAUGUAAAAAAAAAUCA